AUGGCCCUCGUCGCCGUCAUCGCGGUGGUGCUGCCAGCAGCGGGCGUGCACGUGGGCGUGGUGCACCAGAUCCCCGAGGGCCACGUGGGCGUGUACUGGCGCGGCGGUGCGCUGCUCAAACAGGUCACUGAGCCAGGCUAUCACCUGCUGUUGCCCUUCAUCACCACCUACGAACCCAUUCAAGUCACGCUACAGACAGACCAGGUGACCAACAUCCCAUGCGGCACCAAGGGAGGAGUCAUGAUCUACUUUGACAAGAUUGAGGUGGUGAACCGGCUGCGGCACGACUACGUGUACGAGACGAUAAAGCAGUACGGGGUCAACUACGACCGCACGUGGAUCUACGACAAGAUCCACCACGAGAUCAACCAGUUCUGCAGCGCGCACACGCUGCAGCAGGUCUACAUCGACCUCUUCGACCAGAUAGACGAGAAGGUGAAGGAGGCGAUCAUGCGCGACCUGGUGCAGUACGCACCGGGCAUCGAGAUCAUCGGCGUGCGCGUCACCAAGCCCAAGAUCCCACCCGUCAUCGCACGCAACUAUGAGCAGAUGGAGGAGGAGAGGACUAAGGUGCUGAUAGCGAUGGAGCGGCAGAAGGUGGUGGAGAAGGAAGCUGAGACGGAGAAGAAGCGGGCAGUCAGCGAGGCUGAGAUGGCAGCUCAGGUGAGCCGGGUGCUGAUGGAGCAGCGGGUGCGGGAGAGGGAGUCGCAGCAGCGACAGCAGCAGAUAGAGGACGAGGUGUUUGUGGCGCGCGAGAAAGCAUUGGCCGACGCCCACCACUACAGAGUGAUGCGCGAAGCAGAGGCCAACAGUGCGCUGCUCACUGCACAAUUCCUGGAGCUCAAAUUCAUUGAGGCUCUAGCCAACAACACCAAGCUUUUCUUUGGCGAUAAGGUGGGUGCGUAG